GCGCAGCCGCUGCACCGCUCCGCCCGGUCACCUUCGGCGGGCGGCAGCCAUGGCGUUCCUGCCCGAUGAGGCGCGGUCGCUGCCGCCGCCGCCGCUGCUCAACAAGGGCUCGGCCUGGCUCGCGUUCGCGGGCUGGAUGGCCGCGCUGMUAGACAACAGCUUCAACCAGCGCCCCGUCUUCCGAUCCGGUCUCCACCGGCAGAUCCUGUUGGCUACCGUGGGCUGGUUUGUUGGCUACCAGCUGGUGAAACGCACGGAGUACAUCCAUGCCAAGGUGGACAGAGAACUCUUUGCGUACAUGAGGCAUCACCCAGAGGACUUCAAGGCAGCAGAAAAGAAAAGAAUAGGACAGCUCUUGGAGGAUUUCCACCCAAUUCGCUGAGGAUUUCUCCAGUGGCAUCACAUCACAGGUUGAAUUCCUGCCUCCUAAGGACUUCAGCAAAGUGCCCUCAACUGUUGAACCGUCCAUGGCUUGAAAGAUGAAACUUUACUCACUUUCAUGUAAUAAAAGYUUGAUUAAAUWCGUAGUGUUUAAUUAUUUGCUCUUYUCUUCCAUUAUGGUUUGUCAAUACAUGGAUGACUGGUAUUUGUAACAGAAUAACUUUGAUUAAUGUUUUUUUCAGUUGUUUUAAUUGCAAGAGUAAGAAGUUGUUCAUACAACAGACGUUUAAAAAACCCAGACAGCAGUUCUGUAAGUUCCCCCUUUUUAUUUCUCAGUGGCAUUUCUCCUGACACUUGAGCAUGUUCUUGACAAGCUGUUGUAGAUGCUGUAGCCAAAGUCUUGCUGUGAAAUUCUGAAGAGAAAACAAAAAUAUACUCUCUCACUAAUUAAUUCUGUCUCUAGGUUUUUUGUUA